CCCUCGGCGAGGAUUUGAACAGGGCGCGGGGCCGGCUCGGGCCCUGGUUUCCAGUGUGGUCUUGACUUGCCAGUUGGGCGGAAAGGCUUCCUUCCAGCGGGAUGCAAAAUGGAGCACCUUAAAGGUGCAGAUUUUGUGGCACGGACCAGUACUCCUGAAGAAUCUCUGGCUUUGUUGUCAGAGUUGAAGGAAUGUCUCAUCUCUGAAGCAAAAAAUGCACAAACUUCAAGCCAAGCUGCCAAACAAACAACGGUGUGCGAUCAGAUCCUGAGGGCUUGCAUCCACAGAUUUGGGACAAAGUUAGACUUCUCUGCUCACUUAAAAAGCCUUCACGCCUUAGCCGAGGUGGCUUAUGAUGGUUAUGUUAAAGCCAGGUCCCAAUAUGUUCCACUCUAUUUGGAAAGGCUGCUUUAUCAUUUGCUGAAGGGUGCUGCUGCCGGGGGCCCGUCCGAUUCCUGCAUGAGAUUUGCUGGUCUUCUCUAUGAGGAGCUCUCACAGAACCAGCCUCCCCAGGUGCCUGCUGAUGACUAUACAUCAAUUACCAAAAGUGCCUUCAGUGUACUGUGGAAAAGUACAGAUGCCAUGUCUAAAAUGGACAAGACUCCACUGGAGCUCAGGACCAUUCUCUCUACCCAAGUGCAAGCUAUCCGCUUCUUGAUGCUUCUAGAUCAUGAUGCUGCUACCUUGUCUGUCCAGGAGCCUCCAUUCUUUACCACCAUGGUGGCUCGGCAUGCCUCGGCUGCAGCUGCUGUAUUUGAGGCCCAGCAGAACCCACUGAGCAAGGAAGAGGCCUGUUUUCUCAGUGACCAGCUCUUCCACCACCUUGUUGAAGCCAUUUUGGAAAGGAAGAGCAAGAAGGAGCCUUUGGCCAUCCAGGACUGCCUCCAUGUCUGUGAGCUAGCCAUCAUAAGGGCCCGUUACCUCUGCAAAAGUGGCUGCUUCAGAGAAUGCAAUGAAAUUCUCCGGCAAUCCAGCAGCUACUUGAGCAGAUCCAGCAACAUGAAGCAUUGGUUUGCUGUAAUUUUUAAGACUCUUUCAGCUGGACUUGUAAUAAGUAGAAAGCUACUGCUUGGUGAGGGAUCAGUGGGGCCUUCCUUUCAUCAGAUUGCUGAGGGGAUAGCUUCUUUACUAGAUAUUGAAGAACCACUUCUAAAACUGCUGGUUGAAAGCUGCCAAUUACUUGUAACUUCUUUAUAUGGACAUGUGAGGAAGAGUCAGUGGAGGCAUUUCAGCUUGGAAGAAAUUCAAGGGUUCUCUGCUUUCAUGGAACAUUACCUCACAAUGUUCAGCAAGUUGAUAAAAAUGGUUUCCCCAGACAAUGUGAAACAAAAGCAAGCUGUGAUGAAAUUAAUGUAUCAUUACGUUCAGCUGUAUACUACUAUAGUCUAUGAUUCUCUUCAGGCUGUACAGGAACCAGAGGUUGCUGGGCUUCCACAGUUAUUGGCGUCUCUUCAGAGAAUUGUUAAUGGAUUUCUGGAUAGGAUAGAUGAUCUUUCUGAGAGGGAACAAGCUGAAUACCUGGAUCACUCAGCCUAUUGUGUGUCACGGCUAGCAUAUAGCUUUUACACUCAUAAGAUGUAUGUGGAAUCUAACUCAGUGGCAGAGCUCUUCUGCAAAUGGAUGGCUAAGAAGGUGUUUUCCCAAUAUCCAGACCUCCUGACUGAAAAGCUACACAAUUGUUUUAAAUUGCAAGUGGAAAACUAUAGAAAAUUGGGCUUGGUAGAAGAAGCUCUGCAGGCUGUGGUACGCUGGCUGGCUUCUUAUCCUAGCAAGAUCACAGAACACAUGGCAGAACCAAUCUCCUUCUGGGUCAAAGUCAAAAUCGAUGCCAGCAAAAGUGGGGCAGAUGACCUAAGACUGAAGACUUUGAAGGAGGGUCUGGAAGACUACAAUUUGGAUUCUGAGAUUCUUUUGGAAGUGCUGUUGGAGGAGCUCAAGGCCUACAAGACAGUGCGAGUAGACACUGGCCAGGAACGUUUCAAUGUGAUCUGUGACCUGCUAGAUAUGUGUCCUGAUGAUGGUAAUUGCAUCCAUAAGCGGGCUGUGAUCCUGGUGGAACUGGCCCAGGUGCUGUGUUACCAUGACUACAGUGAGCAUACAGAAUGCUCUGCCUUGGACUCUAUACAUGAAGCCUUGCGACUGUUGGACUCAGUGCCAGAGACUCCUCAAAAUAAAGAGCAGCUCCAGGAUGACAAGGCCCAAGCCUUCCUCUGGCUUUACAUCUGUACAAUUGAGGACAAAAUGCAUGAAAGCAUCAAGCAGGAACAGAGGAUAAAAAAUAACGAGAGACAAAAGGACAUAGAAGUAUUUGAAAACUUUGAGACCAAUGAUCUGGGAUAUGAAAACAAGACCCAGGAUGACAGAUUCCUGUAUCUUGGCAUUUCCUUCAACUUAUCAGCUGACUCUGUGCAGUCAAAGUGCUUGGAUGAUGCUCUUGCCUUGUGGAAAGACCUCAUAUCCAAAAGUAGGACCCCAACUGUCCGUAGCAUUGAGCAGACAAUAGCAUCUCUGCACAUGAUGGCAGCUUUAUACAGGGUCAUGGGGAAGCCAUUACAGGCCAUGGAGAGCUACUUCCUGAUUGCAACUCUGUCCAGUGCACUUAAAGACGUUGUGGCGAAGACCAGUGCCUUGUGCCAAAUCACCAAGUUACUUUUGCAGCUGGAGUGCCCGAGUUAUGCUGAGAUCAUUCUAAAAGAAGCUGAAUCCUGCCUGCAGAAUGUAGACAGCAAUCAUGAUUCUUACCUGCUGACAAAACAAACGUUAACUGUGCUCUCUAGCAAGUUAUGCUUAGCAAGCCACAAGAUUGAAGAAGGUAUUCUUCUUCUAACAGAAGUUUUGCAAAGCCUUGCUCUGCAGAGGUCCUCUAAAGUCUGGUGCCUGCUCCGAGCCAACGCUCUCCACUUAACAGCUGCUUACCUUGGCCUGCCUCCUUCCAUUCUCCCACUGGCACUGAGGCAGAAACUCUUUGUGCAAGGAUGGAAGACUCCUGAAAUGGCUUUGAGUGAUGCACACAGGCUCUACCGCAGCAUUCUAUUGAAUUUCUCUCUAAUUAGUUGUGAAACUUCUGCUAAAGAUAGUCCAGAACAUCAAUUUGUAGAUCAUGGAGACAAUCUGGUGCAGAAAUGGCAAGUCUUGGCUGACAUGUUUGUUUGCUCUGAGAGCUUGGUGUCUCUCCUUGGCGAGAUUGAGACCAUAAGUGAAGCAAAAGCCUUUUGCCUGGAAGCACUUAAAAUCUCAAUGAAGCUGCAAUCUAUUCGAUGGUGUGCUUGCUUUCUGAUCUUGAAGAGCAGCCUGGAAUUGCAGCGCAGUGACCUGGAAUUGUGUCGCUCAGAUCUCGAGCAGAUCCUUUUCCUUCUUGAAUCAAGCACAGUUUUUGAAAAUAAUGAAAAAAAAGUUGAUGUAAAAAUAAAGCCGAAGAAAGCAGGAUGCCAGGACAAGAAACCUCGACGCCAGAGCUUGGAGUCUUCACCGGAAGAGAGGUCUUUCCUCAGGGAAGUGUCUCUGGAGUUUGUCGAUACCAUCUCUGCACAGAAGGAGAAUUUGCUUACCACCUCGCCGGUGCUGAAGCCAAAACUGAAGAAGCUACCCAGCUUUUUAAGCCAUUCGGAAGGAUGCCACUGCUCUUUGUGUUCAGAUGUGGUUCUCUCAGCUGUCUGCCUCUGUUGGCUGAUCACCUCUGCAGAGAGGGAACUGGCCUAUGGGAACAGGAUGGAUGGAUUGCAUCUCCUGGAAGCUGCUCUGCAGCGGUGUGCUGUGGUAUCUCUGCGCAUUUCAAGCAUGGUGGCAGCCAUUUCUGAAGGCAAAGACAAGGUGUUUGUGGCCCCACGACAGCCCUCAGUCAGAUUUCUUGAUGAUUUAAUAGCUCGUAUUUAUGUGACACUUGCAAAACAAAGCAUGAAUGCCAACAGACCAGAGAAAAAGCUUUCGAAGUUUCUGGAGACUGGCUUGACCUUUCUGUCUUCCAAGCAAUCACAGAAACCUGGACUUGAAUAUCAAAGGGCUAGGCUGCUGCUUAUCAAAGCAGUGGCUACCAUUUCUGUCUUAGCCUCUGGUCAAGAUGGCUGUGCAGGCAACACGGUUUUUAGCACAUGGUCCUGGAAACUCCCAUUAUCUCUUCAGGGCAGCCAAGAAGGCAAGCCAGCAGCAAGGAAGGCAUCAGACGAACUCCAUAGGUUGGCCCCCAAAAGUAAAAUACAGAGACAGGUACGCGCUGCCUCUAAAGCAAAGCCAAAGAGGGUCCAAGGAAUGAAGUUACAACCCGCGGUCAAAAUUAAUGAUGUGUUUGCCCUGCCUGACUCUGACUCCGAGAUUCCUCCAGUUAGCCUUAGGCCCCCAGCAGAACUCUGUACUCCAGCCCCGCGAUCUCUUCCAGUCUCCAAAACAAGACAGUCUUCCACUGCCAAGCCAAUUCUCUCCCACAAAGCUCCAUUUGCAGUUUUUGAGGAUGCUUCUCCAAAGCUGAAGACUGAACUUCCAAAAGCUCCCAAAGUCACCAGAAGAAUGAAAUCUCGAAUUAAGGUCAUUUUCAGUGAUGACAGUGAUAUUGAAGAUACUCCACAAACUAGGCAGGAGCCCCAGUUCCCCACUGCCAAAGAACCAAUGGUUGACAUCCACAGACCAGGACAGAGGACAGUGGCCUCUAGCCAAAAGCCAUCUAAGGUGACUUCUGCCAAGAUAACAGGGAGCAAUGUGAGCUCUUCCGACAAUGAGUCUCAGAUGGAAAAGACAAAAUCCCAACCUGGAAGAUCGUGUGCCAAGAGAGUCACUAGGCGUGGAAAACAGCUUGAGGUAACCCAGAAAACUUCUUAUAAGGGGAGCGCUUGCAGAGCUCAGGCUGAGCAAAGAGAAAGAAUUGCUGAAGAAGAAAAAGAGAUAAUGAGGACCAUUGAGGAAGGACUUGAGUCUAACUUUGAAGUCUUAUGUGCUUCUGAUGAAGAUGAUGUCAUUAAAGAGGGCAGAAGGCACUUUAACACUGAAGACGGCCAAGAGAUUCUCCGGAGAGAUAUUGCUGGUGAUUUGCGGGAGAUUUUUAAGGCGGCAGACAAGAGAACCUGUGAAGAUCCAUUCAGCUUGGAUGCUCUUGCAACCUCUUUGGACACACUUGCCGCCAUUACAGACUCCUUGUCCAUGGACUCUGUCUAUGACUCCCUGCAAACCGCCUUCCACUCAGUUGGCCAUUACCCUCCGGGAACCUUCUACAGCCAUCUCUGUCAGCUCAUGGCUCUCUGCAUUGGGAACAAGGAUCCACUGCGUACUGCUUACUUGGUUUCUGAGUCGGUUGCCGUCACUCUUCGCCAUCAGAUACUCACUAUCACCAACAGGAAACUCAACAAAAUGAAAAAGGCAUCUCUGGCCAGUGCUGUCAAGCAGCUGGAGGCACUUAGCCUGCAAGAAGGAAAAGGGGGUGCUCGCUUCCAGCAUCUCUCAGAACUAGAAAACCUCUUCAGAUUUAACUGCCACAAUCCAUUGAACCUGGAGGCAGAGAACUGGAAAGAACAGCUGCAACAAAUCCCCCAUGGGGUGACAAUAUGCAUAUUGACCUCAGUGAGUAUCCAGCCUGAUACUAUUGGGGACAUCCUCUUGCUGACAAAGUUGGAGAAGGAGGCUGACCCAGUGACCAUCCAGAUACAGACCACGCAUACCCAGGUGUCUUUAAAUGCAGCACUCAGUGAGUUGGAUGCUAUCUUACAGAAGCAGAAAGAGAUUUCUAAUUUCACUGAGAAGGAGGACUGGUGGGCUGGCCGGAUUACGUUGGACAAAAGAAUGAAGGCUUUGACAGAGUCCCUGGAAACACACAUCCUGGGCUGCUGGAAGGGUGCCCUGUUACCUACCUGUGAGGACCCCAGCUUGGUUGAGGAAGCUGCCCGCUUGCAAAUGUGUCUCAAGGAAUGUGGUUGUGAAAAGGUGGAACUGGCAUUGCUCAAGGCAAUGCUGAAUGGAUCACAUCUCUUGACCCCGCAAGAUGUGUGGAGCUUGGCACAGGGGUUCAGCCCAGUUCAACCUGAGAGAGCACAAAACCUUAUACAGGAAGCAGUGGACAAACUGAGAGACCAUACUGGUUUGGCAUCAAAUGGCCAUGUCAUCCUUGUGCUGGAUAAACACUUGCAGAAGCUCCCAUGGGAAAACAUCCCAUGCCUGAGAUCUCAGCCUAUGACCCGGUUGCCAUCUCUGCGUUUCUUGCUUAGCUAUUCACUUACAAAAAAGGUAAUAAAUCCCUGUUUUUCUUCUGUAACAGGAAGUUUGGCUCAGCUGGAUAUCUUUCCAGGGGCUAAGCUUUGGGAGAGGCAAGAAGAGGUCAUGGCUAGUGAUACCUUCUACAUCUUGAAUCCUCAUGGAAACCUUCCAGGAACAGAGAAGUUGUUUGAUGAUUGGUUUCAGAGUGAGCCUGGAUGGACUGGAGUGGUGGGAAAGAGUCCUGCUCCAGACCAAGUACCUUUGGCCCUUGAAGAACAUGAUCUCUACAUCUAUGCUGGGCAUGGUGCUGGUGCACGUUUUGUAGACUCCAUCCUUAAAAUGGACUGCAGGUCUGUGGCUCUUCUCUUUGGAUGUAGCAGUGCUGCCCUUGCGGUGCAAGGCAAUCUGGAGGGAACUGGUGCUGUCCUCAGGUUCCUCAUGGCAGGAUGUCCCCUAGUGCUGGGCAAUCUCUGGGAUGUGACUGACCGAGACAUUGACCGCUUCAUGCAGGCUCUUCUGAAGAACUGGCUGAAGGCAGGCUCUGGAGCUCCUCUGCUCCACUACAUCAUUCAGUCACGCCAGGCACCCAGACUCAAAUACAUGAUUGGUGCUGCUCCCAUAGCUUAUGGACUCCCAGUUUUUCUACAGUAGCCUGAUGGGAGACGUUUGGA